ACCCCAAGCACUACCACAAUCACUACCACUCCAUCUACGCCUACACCAACCCCUACUGCCACCACCACCUCCACACCACUUACCACUACCCCAAGCACUACCACAAUCACUACCACUCCAUCUACGCCUACACCAACCCCUACUGCCACCACCACCUCCACACCACUUACCACUACCCCAAGCAGUACUACCACAAUCACCACCACCCCAUCUACGCCUACACCAACCCCUACUGUCACCACCACCUCCACACCACUUACCACUACCCCAAGCACUACUACCACGAUCACCACCACUCCAUCUACGCCUACACCAACCCCUACUGCCACCACCACCUCCACACCACUUACCACUACCCCAAGCACUACUACCACGAUCACCACCACUCCAUCUACGCCUACACCAACUCCUACUGCUACCACCACCUCCACACCACUUACUACUACCCCAAGCACUACUACCAUAAUCACCACCACUCCAUCUACACCUACACCAACCCCUACUGCCACCACCACCUCCACACCACUUACCACUACCCCAAGCACUACUACCACGAUCACCACCACUCCAUCUACGCCUACACCCACCCCUACUGCUACCACCUCCACACCACUUACCACUACCCCAAGCACUACUACCACAAUUACAACCACUUCCACACCAUUUACAACUAGUAACACUAUGACAACUACUUUAACCACAACUCUACCCACUGAGAGUUCAACACCUUGCUAUUGUGAAGUGAAUGGUACCAUAUAUUUUCCAGGUGAUAUAAUAGCAAAUGUCUGUCUUAAUGGCGUGUACUAUUUUGUCAACUGCUCAUUUCACUGCCGAGUGAACACUUACCAUUGGCCAUGUCCAACCACAACACCCACAACAACAAUGUCCAUAUUCACAGGAACUAGUACAAGUGAAACACCAUCCCCGAGUACAACAAAACCCUGCAUGGAUGGAGACACUGUGAUACAGCCAGGAGAAAUUCAUACUAUAUGUAACUGCACCAAGUUCAAGUGUUUUUCAGAUAACUUAUGGGAGAUGAUUCCUACAGUGUGUGAACCUCCACCAAAGCCCAAGUGUGCCAAUGGGCUUGCUCCUGUGCAAGUAUUGGAUGAUGAUGAAUGCUGCUGGCACUGGGAAUGUGACUGUUAUUGCACUGGUUGGGGAGACCCACAUUAUAUGACAUUUGAUGGCCAGUACUACAGUUAUCAAGGCAAUUGUACCUAUGUCCUAAUGGAAGAGAUUCAUCAAACCAUCCACAACUUUGGAGUGUACAUCGAUAACUACCAUUGUGAUCCACAGGAAGUUGUCUCUUGUCCCCGCACUCUCAUUAUAAAACAUGAGUCCCUGGAAGUGCACAUCAAAACGGUCAGACUGAUUCCUAUGAAAGUAGAGGUGGCUGUGAAUCAAAAGACGGUGGCUUUACCUUACGAAAAAUAUGACAUGAGAAUUUACAAGGCUGGUAUAAGCCAUGUGGUGGAAAUGCAUAGACUGAGUAUGAAUAUAACAUACAGCGGUGUGGGCUUCACAAUCCGGAUGCCCUAUAAGCUUUUUGCCAACAACACCCAGGGACAAUGUGGCAAGUGCAACAAUGAUAUGGCAGAUGACUGUAUGCUACGUAAUGGGACUCUUGCACCUUCUUGUGAAAUAAUGGCAGAUGACUGGAUUAUUUCUGAUCCAGAAAAGCCGCAGUGUAGUCAUAUUCCUCCAACUGUGAGACCUCCAACUCCUGCUCCCUGCAAACCAUCUCAGCUGUGUGAGCUUCUGAGAGGGAGUGUAUUUCAGAAGUGUCAUGAAGCUAUUAAUUAUAUAAGCUACUAUCAAGCCUGCAUGUUUGAUAGCUGCAGGAUGCCCAACCAACUCAUGGAAUGUGCAAGUCUUCAGAUAUAUGCAGCAACCUGUGCAAGUCAAGGCGUUUGCAUUGAUUGGAGAGAACAUACCAAAGGAUCAUGUCCUAUUGUCUGCCCACCCAACAAAGUAUACAAAGCAUGUGGUCCUUCGACAGAAGAAACUUGCAAAUCAAGCUUCAUAGGGCACAACCAGACACAACAAAUUGAAGGCUGUUUCUGCCCUAACGGGACAAAACUUUAUGACCCUGGUGUGGAUAUAUGUGUGAAAACCUGUGGAUGUGUUGGACCAGACAAUAUUCCCAGACAGUUUGGGGAGAACUUUCAGUUUGACUGCAAAGACUGUAUUUGCAUGGAAGGUGGAAGUGGCAUUAUCUGUGAACCCCACAAAUGUCCAGUGUCACCUCAUGAAGCAACAUGUGAAGGAGAAGGAUUUCAGAAGAUCACCAGAGUUAAUCCUAAGGACAAAUGCUGUUCAGACAUCAUGUGUGUGUGCAAUACCACUGAAUGUACAACCAAGCCUCCUCAGUGUGAUCCAGGGUUCGUAGCUGUUGCUAACACUAGUGAAGGCCACUGUUGUCCUAUUUAUCGAUGUGACCCUAAAAAUGUGUGUGUGAAGGAUGGUAAUGAAUAUAAGCCUGGUUCAGAAGUCCUAGGAAGUCAGUGUCAGCGGUGUGUAUGCACAAGUCAACAAAACAACAGGACUCGUCUGAAUAUUAUAGACUGUAAGCCUGUCCCAUGUAACGUGCAGUGCCAGCCGGGAUAUUCUGCUAUUCCACACCCUGGUGACUGCUGUCCAAAAUGCGUGCAGACAAAAUGUGUUAUAAGAACAAGUGAAAAUGACAUUAUCGUCUUGAGACCUGGUGAACAACGGAAUGAUCCAAAAGACAACUGCACUGUUUACAGCUGUGUGUUGAUCAAUAGGCAGCUGGUUUCCUCUACCUCUGAGAUUACCUGCCCAUCAUUUAAUGAGAAAAGAUGCCAACCUGGCACCAUUACAUACUUGCCUAGUGGCUGCUGUAAGACAUGUAUAAUCGUACCAGGCAUCCCAUCGUGCUCUCCCACUGAAACAAUGGACUUUAUCAAUUAUAAUGGUUGUCGUUCAGAGGACCAAGUCCCAGUGACUCAGUGUGAGGGAAGAUGUGGCACUUUCUCGCUAUACUCUGCUGAAGCUAACUCAAUGACACAUAAGUGCAGCUGCUGCCGAGAGUCAAAGACAGCCCUGAAAGAAAUCACGCUGCUGUGUCCUGGUGGGAUCAGGAAGAAACACCAAUACCUCCACGUGGAAAGCUGUGAGUGCCUGAACACUGAAUGUGAUGCUCAGCCAAGCUCAUCCGAAGAGUCCAGCAAGAGCAAAGAAGGCAGCACGGAAAAGUCGCAGGAAGAGGAGGCAAUGAAACGGGUCAGAAAAGCUCUGAAAUCUCUCAGGGAGAGAGCUUAGAAGAAGGAAAACCUUUGAACGUAAUGAGAUAAACAAUAUGUUAAACACGGGGAAAUACACUGUGACUAUACAUGCUAUUAUAAUCCAACACUUUGCCUUAUUUUCUACAGACCUUUCAAUCUGUCCCCUCUUUGACUGUCCUUUGCUCUGCUCACUUAUUUAUUUGCAUUAAAAAGAAAAAGAAAAAUAUUUUCCCUUAUAUAUAUAUUAAAAAAAUGAAGGAUGUAUGACUUGAACUUUUGAAGAUGCUUCUUUUGCUUUAAUUAAUUAAA